UUCUCUCACAACAUACCUAUCCAAAAACCCCAAUUCCAUAUCACAAUAUUUUCUCUCUCUCUCUCCCCAAAACAUCAAACUGUGUCGUCGGAGGGAACAUGGAAGACCAAUACGGAAUGCUCGAUCUCCGCCACUACCUCACCGGAAAGCCAUUAUUCCGGCCGAUUCACCACCCGCCGGACUUUCUCCCCGACCACCGUCUCCUCCAUCCAUCCACCCCUCCCUACGGCGGCAUGCUUAUGUUUAGCUCAGAUUCCAACAGCAGCGCAACCACUGGUGGUACUACUCUACCCUCCGCCGCCGCCGGCAGCAGUCGGAGCCAAUUAAUUGCGUUCGACGGCGGCGCAAAUGGCGGCUCGCCGUCGUCGUCGUCAGGUCGAUGGCCACGGCAGGAAACUCUUACCCUUCUGGAGAUCCGAUCGAGGCUCGAUUCCAAGUUCAAGGAGGCCAACCAGAAAGGUCCCUUGUGGGAUCAAGUCUCAAGGAUAAUGUCCGAGGAGAAUGGAUAUCAUAGGAGUGGCAAGAAAUGCAGAGAGAAAUUUGAGAAUUUGUACAAAUAUUACAAAAAGACUAAAGAAGGCAAAGCUGGGAGGCAAGAUGGUAAACACUACAGGUUCUUUACACAGCUCGAAGCUAUCUAUGGCAAACCUUAUCGACAUUCAUCAUCGCCUUCAAUGCUCAUCACUCCUCUGGGAGCAACUUUCCAUUGUCAAAUUCCUACAAACAACACUUCAUCAAGAAAUAUCGAAGCCCUUCAAGGUUCGAAGCUUUCGGACACUAGCUUGAGCCACUCCAAUUAUUUGGAUGCCGAAACUAGCUCUUCCGGCGACAUUGAUCCCAAUGAAGGAAUCGAAGAUGGAGAUGGAGACAAUGAUCCAAAGGGUAAGAAGAUUAGGGGUUGGAAGGCGAAAAUCCGGGCUUUCAUCGACGCGCAAAUGAAGGAUGUGAUGGAUAAACAAGAGGCUUGGAUGGAGAAAAUGAUGAGAACUAUUGAAGAAAAGGAGCAAGAAAGAGUAUUAAGAGAGGAUGAAUGGCGAAAACAAGAUGUCGCAAGAAUCGAGAGAGAGCGCGAACUUUGGAGCACCGAAAGAGCUUGGAUCAAAGCCCGGGAUUGGGCUCUAAUAGAAGCUUUGCAAGAAAUGACAGCGGGAAAUGAUCAGUCGAGAAAUAGGGCUAGGGCUUCAGAUUCGGGUGAGAUCAUGCCCGAAAUUCGGGGUCUAAGUGAGAAUCAUCACAAUGAUUUUAUCAACAAUUUUCUACACAAGAAGAUGAUCGAAUUUUGCUCGAAAGGCGGCGCAUACCGUUCGAUUCUUGAAUCGAUACCUACUCAAGGAGGAUUGAACUCAAGCAACACAAGAGAUCAAAUAGGGUUUGAUCAUGAUCAUCCAACAAGGGUUUUCGAGCGCGAUCGCAACUACGAUUGUUCUGAUUUGCCGCCUCCCGACGGCGACACCGGAGGUGGCGCCGCCGCCAUCAGUGACCACUGCUUCAGGUACUUAAUGGGUGAUUGUUUUACAAGGAUCUUAGAUUGAAAAUCAGAUCAAUUGGAGAUAUCCUAUUCUCUAUUUAUGUUGAGUGUAAUUUAUGAUAAUAACAUAAACAUGGAGUCCAAGAAAUUAAGAAGUGAUGAAGCUAAGAAAUUAGUUGUUGUGAAUUGUGAGGUGAAGAAAUUUGGUAGUUUAUGAUUUUGAUUCAAUGAUAGAUGAAUUCAUGUUGAUGUUGUACUAAUUAUUUGAUUAU